AUGGCCCCUGCCCGCCUGCUCGCGCUGCUGUGGCUCCUCGUGGGCGCCCUUGCCGUCGCCGCCGAGUCGAUCCGAGAAACUGAGGUCAUCGACCCCCGAGACCUCCUAGAAGGCCGACACUUUUCCGGAGACUUACCGGACGAUGAGGAUGUUGGCGUACCUGGGCAGGAGCCCCAUGACUUUGAGCUGUCUGGCUCCGGAGAUCUGGAUGACUCAGAGGACACCCCUAUCUUCCCGGAAGUGAUCCAUCCCUUGGUGCCUCUAGAUAACCACAUCCCUGAGAAGACAGGGCUUGGGGGCCGGGUCCCCACCGAACCCAAGGAACUGGAGGAAAAUGAGGUCAUUCCCAAGAGGAUGUCACCCUUUGGUGGGGACGAGGAUGUGUCCAACAAGGUGUCCAUGUCCAGCACAGCCCAGGGCAGCAACAUCUUUGAGAGGACAGAGGUUCUGGCAGCUCUGAUCGUGGGCGGUGGCGUGGGCAUCCUCUUUGCCAUUUUCCUGGUCCUGCUGCUGGUGUACCGCGUGAAAAAGAAGGACGAGGGCAGCUACGACCUGGGCAAGAAACCUAUCUACAAAAAAGCCCCCGCCAACGAGUUCUACGCCUGA